AUGCAAAUUUUUGUUAAAUCUCUUACUGGCGAGACAAUUGCUCUUGAAGUCGAAUCAUAUCAUAGUAUUGAAGAUGUUAAAAAAGAAAUGUAUAAUAAGGUACACAUUCCCUCUGAUUCACAACGUCUCAUUUUUUCCGGCAGACAAUUGGAAGACGUCCACUCCGUGUCUGACUACAAGAUCCAAAAGGGGUCAACUUUACAUCUUAAUGCUAGACUCUGUGGUGGUUAUAGUACUCCUGUUAUGGCUAAUUACUUUCAAGAUUUAACCAAACCUCCGGUGCUUAAAAAAUUUAGUAUUAUUGCUCCACGUUGGAGGUGUGCGACGGUUGGUCUUAACCUUGAAGGAUAUUGUAAGAAUAAUGAAUGUGAAGCUUUCAACAAAGGCCGAGUAGUAAUUAUGUGGGGUUACCAAGACUUCAAUUUUUUUAACGAUGAGCAUAAAUCCCAGUGCCCGAUUUGUAAAAAAUAUGUAACGCCUAUCACCUGCGGAUUUACCAACACUCACUGGAAGUAUGAAGGAUUAAAAAAGGUGGAAGGCAAAGCCCCUGAAAAAGUUAGCUGUGACUGGAUGUUUACUCAUGAAAAAGGAUAUCUCACAUUCAAAAACGAGGAGUUGGUUUUGUGGAUGGAUCUCACGAUUAAAGUAAAGGCUCCACAAACUCAAUAA